AUGACGACGGCAAACUCAGACGAAGAGCGCAUGCUUCAGGAGCUCUUACCACCCCUGGAGAUAUCGGAAACCUUCGUCGAAGAAGAGGAUACUUUUGCAAAACAAAAAAGCCAGCGCAACGAGAGUGGGGAAAGUUCGUUCCUCGACUUCUCGUUAAAGAGUCCAUUUGAAAAGCUCGUUUCCUCGAUUGAAUACGCCGUAAACGAUUGGUUAUUCGCAUCAAAAUUUGAAGCACUCUUUGGAGAUGAAUCGUUGACACGUCCGAGCGAGUUUGGGGGGACGCAUCACGCGUCGGUGUCCAAAGCCAUCGAGCACAAACUGCAUUUUAGGAGAGAUUCGUACCAGAUAUCGUUUCACUUCGAUACUCGAAAGAAGACACUGAGUUUACGAGAUGCUCCGAGGAGCGACGAUAAUACGAGCAGCAGGAACUUACAGAGAUGGUUCAAAUGCGAUACAUUCUUUGUUAUUGAACCUAUGAGUUAUAGCAAGAGAUUUAUCGACAACGACGAGGCGGCGACGGUACGAAGUGCCGCUGCUGUAGCUAUGAGUAACUUGAGUGUUUAUCUUCCGGUGUUCACGCCUAUCGACCGGUCUUCGAAUAGAAAUUCAGUCAUUGGUGUAUCCUUUUCGACAGAGAGUGGGGCAUCGUACUUGUACGAAUCAGAUUCAAUGGUUGGUUUUACCAGUGAGAAUGCAUUCUGCGCGCUUUCAAGUGAGGAAACGAGUAAAGCUGUCUUUUCCAUAGCUCGUAAAAUCUUAAAGAAGGAUGUUGCAGUUGCGCGAACAACGGUUUGUUAUCGCAUAAGCAUGGACGGGUCGAGUUGCUUGAUCGGAAAAACUAGUUCAGGUUUACUCGAGGAAGUUUCGGAUGAAGAUGAUAUAGAGCCUGAUAUUGUUGUCAAAGAGGCGUCAACUUCCUCUUCUUCUUCUUCUCCUUCUUGGGACGACGAACAGAUUUGGUCGCAAUGGGUGUGUUUGCCGGAUCCAUUUGAUAGUAUUGAAAUAGAUUGUUUUUUUGAGCGUAAUGUAGAGCUACAUAACUGCGUUUCAGAUGGAGACCUUGUCGAAGAUGGUUUGGAUAACGCAAAUAUGUACACGAUACGUUCAAUACCUAAUGGUGGCGGCCUCGUCGGCGGCAUCGCCGCGCUUUCGGGUGCACCGCCUGCGGAUAUCUCUCAAAUGUCGCGCAAUCGACCACAGCAUAGUUUUAGCUUAGCAGAACUAUUACACAUAAGUUCGAGUGAAAUAUUUUUAGACCGUGGCGAGAACUUUGACCUUUAUUCUUUGGCGAGUGCGAAUGAGAUUGCUUCAGACGAAUGGUGGAUAGAUCGACUAGGAACGCACCCUCCGCACGCGCCGCCCGAGGCCGUCAUGGAAGAUAUUUUGCUAGACUUAUUUCAAGACUUUAUUGGCGAGUGUCACGGAAUCGAUGCGAUUGCGAGCAUUCCUAAAACAGCCAGAGGGUACCAGUCUCUCCUCUCGAGGGUGUCCUUACACGCCAUGAAGCUCAAAAACUCUCGGGCUAUUGCAGAAUUAUGGAACAAGUUUACGAAAGAAUUACGUUACAAACAUUGGGAACGCGGUGUGCCACUACCGAGGAUGUCAAAGCACGGAUCCAAAGAGAUCGAAGUCGAUCACUCUGCGUGCAUUUUGGAUCAACAACUACAACUGUUGAACGCUUGUAUACAUCGCCGUCUUCGUCAAAGUGAAGGAGCUACGAGAACCAAAAAGGAAUCUGAUUCAAAAGACGUCGUCAAACGCAACUUACUGAAGUUAAAGAAAAAAGAAAAACCGGGCGUUUUGAACGAAAGUAAAAGAAACGCAAGUGCGUGCGUGUGGAAAGCGGACGAUGACUUGGAUUUGAAUGCGCUAUUGAACGACGACAUGGCACUCGCCGCUGCGAACGCGAGCGCAUCGCAAAAAACAGAGGAAAUGUUUGAAGAUGCGCGUGAUGAUGUUAUGCUUGCAGAGCCUUCUUCGAAUGAGGACGAAGGUUUUGGAGUAAAAAGCGCUUUAGAGAUGCGUUUGUUAGAACAUCCACACGUGUUUAUCCGCGAGCCGGAAAUGCAGCUGCAUCCUAUUUAUACGGAGGAAAGUUUACACGCGCUUAUUGAAGACGGCGACGAUGAAGGUGAGCGAGACACGAAGAGAAGAAACGCGCGUCUAGCAGUAUCGAACGACAUGCUCGUCUCUGACAUGUGCGCGUUCAAAGCUGCGAACCCUAUAGCAGGUUUCGUUGAUUUUGUGCGCUGGCACUCCCCGCGAGAUUUUCUUGAAGGAAAAUUAUCCGAACGCAUGUCCAAGCCGGGCAACACGUGGGAAACGUUGUUCAAAGAGGCUGAGCCUACAGCAGCUAGCGAUCAGAAAUUAUUGUUCGAUCCAAUCGCCGAAGGCGAACGCGUUUUACAUUUGUUAGAAACGGCCAAGUUCGAUACGAUAUUGCGGUACUUGUGUGCGAUAGGCGCGAAUGCGGCGUUUUGUAUCUAUGCAAAAUCGUGUAUGAAUAAUUUACGAUGUGCGGAAUCGAUCCAUCCUCUCUUAGAAGAGAAGAUGCAAAGAUGUCGAGGUGUUUGCGCGUCAGUUUUCUAUGACGUAAAGCAAGCGCAAAAAGAAGAUUUCGCACAAGCGGCGUACGAGAUACAACUGAUCGAGAGGACGGCGAGUAGAGCGGCAUCUUUGCGGAAACACGUUGGCGAGAAAAGCGAGUUAAAUUUUGUUAUCGAGCGUCUCUGGAUUGACUCAGUUCAGCGUGAAUACGAGAGUCAAGCGAACGAAGAGGACGUCGAUGCGGCGUUCAAUGCUGUCGACGGAGUUUGUGCUCUAUCAAAAGACGAAGAACGGCAUGUAGUAUUAGAAAACAUAGCAGCGAAGCAAAAGUUAGCGUGCGAGUACGAAAUUGAGGAAAAGACGAAAGGUGUGAGCAGACUACACGUUAGCGCGUCGGCUCGUUUUGUGCGCGUCAGUUCGAUUAGUUAG